AUGGCUAUUUGUCCAAGACGGGUAUGUGCCAAUAAUAGUUUGUGACAUCAGUUAUGUAUAUGAUACAUAUAUAAAAAUACUUUCUGUUUGCGAAAUGAAAAAUAGGGAUAUAAAAAGGGUCACAAUAAAGGGUCUCUUAUCUUAAACUGGGUAGAAAAAUGAUUUGUUUUUAUCUUAAACAGAGUCACAGAUUGAAGGCCUCUGCAGCACACCUCCACCUAAGGUAAUUGUGAAGAAUAACUUCCCUGAAGUUUCCCUUCUGGGCUGCAAAGUAACCACUGGGCCAUUAGUCAUGGUCAAUAAAUGUCACUGCAUUCGUAAACUAAAAAAUGUAUAUUACAGUACUAUUACAGUUUUAGUAUCCCUGGAUGUCAAGCAAGUGAUACAACAGCUGAUACUAGUGGAACUUGUGGUGUUUACAGAGAUGUGGGAGCACGUGAUUGUAACCAUAGUGCUGGUAAGUUUUUUUUAAGUAAAUUAAAACCUAACCUCCUCUUUACAACAAAGUAGGGUAAGUCAUUACGUUAUUGUCAGAUUGUCCACUAAUCACAACCAAAAAGAUUAACGAUUUAAAAAAACGGUUUAAAGGCUUGUUUAUAGUGGAAAGUGCACUUAGCUUAUCAAGCUGGUUUACAGCUUAGACGCUUCACUCAAAUACUUAGAAACAAAUAAUUCAAAUACAUCAUAACAGGAUUAAAAACCCCAACUGACAGGAGGCAACCAGUUGGCUAUUUACAUUAAGAGUGGCCAAGGAUUUGAACUCGAGAUGACCAAGAACAAAUCCAGCAAGUGGCCAGAGUAGGACUCAAACCCGGGACUGCCAGAUUGCGACACCGAGGCGCUGACCACUCAGCCAGGCUGCCUCCUUAAAAAAAUUUUAUUUUAGGACCAAAACUAAUGUUAUUUCCUUGUGACUGGAAGAAAGGUGAACACUUUUUUCCACUUACAAUCUUUUGAAUUCAGGUAAACACUAUUAUUAUGUUUUGUGACUACAAGUCAGACAGUCUUGCCUACAUCUUCAGUACAAAUAAAUAUUAUUGACAUCUCUCAUGUAAUCUUAUCGGCCUGGCCCCAGUUGUACACAAGGUGGAUAACUCACAUUUUGGUCAUUUCAGCUUUGUUUGUUGGGGCCUUUCUUUGACCUCAAUGAUUAACCCAUAUUGCAUUGAUGUCAUUAGGUUCACUAUAAUUCUAUGAAGUUGAUGUCACUGGUAAGUAAUAACAAUGGAAUAAGUAUUUCUCCUUUUUAUAUCAAUAACUUGCAUCAAAACAGUUGCUCUUAGAGCACUGAGCAGUCAUCAAGAGACUAUGUUGGUGCCUUGUUUUUGCUGUCCUAUGACCGUUUAGCCAUAGAAGGGGUACCCUGCCUCCCAGACAUAAUUUAACCCGGGCUAGUAACAUCUGUGAAGCAGCACCGAGAUCCUAGUUCUGGGCCCCCAACAGGAUCAAUGAAUUAUCGGAAGUGCAUCUCAAAUUUCCUUUUAAACUGAUUGGCAAAUAGACAAUGGCUUUUUAAACAGGCCAAUCAUAUCACACACUCAAAUCUUUGUACACAGGUGGGGGCCCAAAACGUGGAUUGUAUCUGCCAUUUCGCAGAUGGACUUAACCAGAGUGUAGUUGUAUCUGUGGUGCAGGGAAUACCGAAGGGGCUAUUACAGCAUGCACAAAUACAACGGGGCAGCAGAAAAAUAGUUUUGACCUAAACUUUGCCUUGCAUCUUUGCUGAGAAAUGGGUCUUUAUCUCUCUUCAAUGAAAGUAUUCUGCUCUGGUCAUUUGACAGUACCAAAACAUUAUUUUCAGUAAACAGUUGACACAAAUCACAAGUCGUCAGUUAGCAUCUUGAUGUUUCGAACAACAUCACCAUUAAACAUCCAUGGAGGGACAAAAAGGUACUGAGUUGUGAAAUAGGUGUAUUCAUGAGUUGUUUUCCAAACAGCGUAUACGACGAGUAAUAAAAUAAACAUAUAUGCAAAGGACUGUAAAAGAAAAAAUGCUGCAUGUAUACAGUACAUAGUAUCAGCAUCUUUCUGCUCUGUUUGUUGUAAGGGUACCCUGGUAAUCAAAUUUAGCCCUAAAAAUGGUGGGGCUGUUUCAGUGAGUAGUAUAGAACGCUAGUUAUUGAGUCUAAUUUGGCUCCCUUAAUCAGAGCCAAUAGAGUUCAGUAAUCCGGUAAUCUUGGAGUAGUGCUGUUUUGAACCCAUUGUUCUAGCUGCUUGGUUUCCUUCGAAAGGAUAAAUGCGAUAAAAUUUUAACUAGGAUGCACAACUAUAGUAACCUCCCCCCCUCCCUACAGCUUAAUUGGACCUGGAAGUAAAAUGCUUGGCACAGUGUCAUAAUCUAUUCCCAGUAUAAGUUAGGGUUGGAACUGUAUACUGUAUACUGUUGUACUCUUUCACCCGCGCAAAUUGUAACCUGUAAUCUAUUUAAGGCGGGUGAGUUUAAGACCAUCAAUUUUACACGUACCAUGAAGAAGUUUACUCUCUAGUAACAGCUUCCUUGGGCCUGGAAGUAAAAUACUUGGCCCCGGUUUCGUAAUUUAUUCCCAUUAAAAGUUAAAGGUGCAAACUAAGCUGUAAUCUGAAGUUUCUUAAAGGGUGAAUUUGGGACCAUCAAUUUGAUAAGUAACAGAAGGUCUCUCUUCAGUAACAGUUUCCUUGGGCCUGGAAGAAAAAUACUUGGCCUAGUUUCUUAGCUCUCUGUUGUUGUACUCUUUUACCCGUGCAAACUCAGCUGUAACCUGAAGUUUUUUAGGGUUGAAUUUAAGACCGUCUGUUUGAAACGUAACAGGAGCUCACUGUUUCUUGGGCCUGGAAGUGAAAUACUAGGCCCAGUUCCAAGAUUUUCCCGAUGAUGUGCCAGGAAGGUGCCAUAAAUUCCGCAGUUGAUGCUGUACAGGUGCCCUCUGAUUUUCAGUACUCAAUCGUGCAAACUGUAAUGCGCUGUUUUAAGAUGAAUUGGCGCACUUGACGAAACAACUCUUUUCAUCGGUUCAAGUAAAGUUCAAGACCAUUGUUGGCUAUGAUUACCCCGUAAAUGAAUGAACCGUCAGGUAGGUGUUAGCAAACGCUAUUGUUGUUUUAUAUGGGGACAUUUGCAAAGGCCGUGGACUAUGAGUUAUUUGCAGGUUUGAGUGCAGUGCAAGUCGCAAAACUCAUAUCCUCCGCGAUAAAGGAUUUCAUUUCUCGCGGUCAUUUUGCCCUAAACUUCGCUUUUUGAUUCUUUCGAAAUGUUUUCGGGUUGAUCUUUUUGUCUUGCUUUGCUGUAUGCCUUGGCCUCUUUGGAUGAUACUUUCUUUUAUAAGCAUGAUAAUCUCUGCUGGCAAAGUCCGCCUUAUUUUGCAUUCUUGGGGUCUUGACUAACGUGGAUUUUCAGACAUUGCUGUUACCUCUGGUUCUUGCUGCGAGCUAUUUCUCCCCGCCGCGGAUUAGGGACAGGUUUCUGCCAGAAUGCGGUAUUUCACGUGAAAUAUGGUACCUGUAAAGGACAAGAGAAGAUGUCACUGAAUUCAUUCUUGUUUAUUGUUUUUUCUAAUUUAUGUUAUGAGUCCUUAAUGAUAUAAAACUUGACGAUGUUGUGAAGUGUGAUUCCAAAUAGAAUGUGGGAUAUGCGAAGAAAAACUAGUGUAAAAGAGUGGUUUUGUCCGGAUGUCGUCAAAUUCACCCGGACCGUCAUUUAGCUUCUAGUCAAUUACAGCAAUUUAUUAAGUACAACUUGGAGACUUUGUAAAAUUGUGCUGUUUAAUCUGUACUUAUUUUUAUAGCUAAUGUUUCCCUUGAGCGUGACCGCACUCCCACGACUGCCAGAUGUCAAGACAGACAUCAUAGUACCAUCGUCCAAGGGAAUGCGGAGCUUAUAA